ACAGAGGAAGUACAAAUGAGAUGACAGUAAAGGAGUUUAAGAUGAGCUGUGCAUGAAACCAAAGUUAUUGAUGCAUCCAUACCAAUGAAUGUUGCUCGAGUGAUCCUUGCUCUAAUAUUCUGCACCUUUUUUACAGCAUCAUAUUUCACAAAUAAGUAUGUCCUGUUUAUCCUAAAGUUUACAUUUCCAACCAUUUUUCAGGGGUGGCAAACCUCCACUGGAGCUCUAUUGCUACUGGUUACUUGGAAACUAGGUUGGGUUGAAAUCAAUGGGCUGUCCAGAUCGGCAGCUUUUUCCCAGCUUCCUGGGUCAUUCUUAUUUAUUGGAAACAUUUAUGCUGGGUCCAAAGCACUUUCGCUUUUGCCAAUUCCUUUCUUCUUUGUGUUACAAAAUGCCUCAGAGGUCUUUACCCUUCUCAUUAUAACGGUUACUCAAAGAGAGAAACCUUCAUGGAUGAAAUUAUUAAGUGUGUGUAUGCUGCUGGGAUCUGCUACCAGCCUUAUUCUGUACAAUCCACAAUUUGGUCCCAGUGGCUACACAUGGGCAUCCAUCCAUCUGUUCUGUGUAGGAUCAUAUAAAGUAUUCCAGAAGAAUUCCAAAACCAGCCAUCUAAGUGAUCUUGAAGAGCAGUUCAUCAACUAUGUGACCAGUACAUUGUUACUUGCCUCCCUUGCAUACUCAACAGGUGACCUGUCUGGUGCCUUAGAUUUUCCUCUCCUGACCUCAUCCAGGUUCCAUACUGGCUGUUUGGCCAGUGCCAUUUUCAGUUUUUCUCUGAUGCUUGCAACCGUGAAGCUGAAGAGCAGUCUGUCUCAGGAACACUGUGGGGUCUGGUUCUUCCUAGCCAAGGUACUGGCCUCAGGUCUUUCAUUUCUUCUUUCCACAUUCAACACUGUGAUCAGUCCUGUGACACUUUGCUGCAUUAUCCUGAAUUACACCGGAGAGGCCUUGUUUUUGUUUUCUGACAGAUUAUAAAAAUUGUUAUUGAGAUUAAUUGUAUUCUUAGUGCCUUUUGAAGAUUCACCAACUAUUUCAGUCACUCCACCUUAAACCUUUUAUACAGUCUUUAUUAAACAAUCCAGAUUCUGUAAUGUUACUCUUGUACUUAAAUAAUUGUCCAUAAUAAAUAAAUAGCCCCCCCUUCAUAUACCCUAGAAAAACCUCACAAAUCCCAAAAUAGAGCAUCAUUUAAAGGCACAGGUAACAUUUGUUAGUACUGAAGGCCAUUUACCCAUCCUUGUCUUUUUUUCUGUAAUGGCCUUGCAAAUAUUCAACUUUUAUGUUCAGAAAGUGAAAAACAUUUGCUAUAAUUUGCUAUAAUCUGUUUACUUUCACAUAUAUAGAAAAUGUGGCCAGUAAAUUCUAAACAUUUAAUUAGGGUUUUCUAUUUUCUAUUUCAGCAGCAACUUUUGUAGUUACUGUAAAUUGUCAACCUUGUACAUCCUUUAUGUAGGAUGUCAUUAUCUUGCAGUGUUUACUUUUUAAAUCCUUUAUUGUAUCAUGUAUGCCACACCUUUCUUUAUAUUAGUAGUACAACUCUUUGUAAAAACAAAAAAUAUGGGGAAACAGUGGUAUAUUAGGCUCCAGUAGCUCUCAUGCAGUUUUUCAAAAAUAGUUUUUACAUAAUAGCCGUCACCAUUAAAGUAUUAUUGGUAAAAUAUACAGUACUGUGCAAAAGUUUUAGGCACUUGUGAAAAAUGUUGCAUAGUGAGGAUGUCUUCAAAAAUAAUGACAUAAAUAGUUUUCAUUUAUCACUUAAUGUCAUACCUUUAAAACAGCACCAAUUCUCCUAGUUACACCUGUACACAGUUUUUCUUGGUUGUUGGCAGAUAGGAUGUUCCAAGCUUCUUGGAGAAUUCUCCACAUCUGUUUAGGCUGUCUCAAUUGCUUCUGUCUCUUUAUGUAUUCUCAGACUGACACGAUGUUCAGUGGGGGGUUUUGUGGGGGACAUGACAUCUGUUGCAGGGCUCCCUGUUCUUCUAUUCAAAUUUUUUCUAUUUACAAAAGUAAUGUUUGGGAGUCUAAAAUGUAUAUUUCCUAUUGACACACUAAAGCUGAAAAUAUAGAUAACCAUCUUAAGACAAAUGUUUUUGUGAAACAUCUUAUGUGCCUAAAACUUUGCACAGUACUGUAUAUGUUGUUGUGGUGUCAUUUUAUUAAAGUAUGAGUAUUAUUCAUAAUUAUUGCAGCUUGGUUGACGGUUAUAAUACUUUUCAUAAGAAAACCAGAGUGUCUAAUAACUCUAAAUAUAUAAAUAACUCUCACCUUUAAAAUAUUCUAGCUACUAGUACUGGGAUUAUUCAGUUUGAAUUGAAUGAUGUUUACUGUAUUUCAGAGCCACAAUGUUAUGCUAUUUUUACAGCUUCUGUCAUGAAACUGCACCUUCCUUUUAUUCAUUUUCUGUUUCAAAUCUGUCUUUUCAAAAGUAAAUAAAAUGAUUUCAAUGAC